CUCCUCUGAGAAUAGGCGCUACCGCGUAGGCUGUGGCAUCCAAGGACGCAGUGUAUACCACGAGAAUCUCCCGGCCGGUAGGGUCCGGCCGUCGACUUUCCGCGACGGACAAAGGAGAACUCGAAAUUUGUUGGGGAUGGCAGGAAAAGCCAGCACCUCAUCUUCAUAAAUACUUCCCCAGAGUCCUCCUCGUCCUUAUCUUCAUUAUCCAUCUUGACUUGAGAUCUCAAUCCCCAUCUCAAGUUCUAUAUUGCCUCUCCUUCUCAUACCUCCUCUGCAGCCAAUCGCUGCCCUCCCAUCCUUCCCCCCCUAUCGGCGGCGAUCCCCGAACCUUCGAAGCCUGUUUCCCUCGGGAAUUCACGAGCAAGCCAACCCCUCCAACCAGACCAGUAACCCCGCGGCAACCCCGCCGCAAAUCGGAAAAGCUGGCUCCCACAUCGACGACGCAGCGUCUCAGCCUGAUCUCCAGACACCUGGACCAGCGCCUACCGUUGCCUGAGCUUAACACUCCCUUCUCGACCGAGAGAAACUCCCUGGCUCCCGACGACGUCGAAUAUAAACCUAUCGAUCGCUCCAUUGCUUCUUCUCCUACGUCCAAGUCGCCCACCAUGUCUACUCAAGCCCCUCACAACACUCUGCUCAUCCCGGGCCCCAUUGAGUUUGACGAUGCCGUGCUCCAGUCCAUGUCCCACUAUGCUGAGAGCCACGUCGCUCCCGGCUUUGUCAAGGUCUUCGGCGAGACCUUGACCCUCCUCCGCAAGCUCUUCCAGUCCACCAACCCAUCCGCCCAGCCCUUCCUCAUCGCCGGUUCCGGCACUCUGGGUUGGGACCUGGUCGCCGCCAACCUGAUCGAGCGUGGCGAGAAUGCCCUCGUCCUCAACACCGGUUACUUCGGCGACUCCUUCGGUAACUGCCUGACCACCUAUGGCGCCGAGGUCACACACCUGCGCGCGCCCAUCGGCGACCGCCCCUCCUUCGAGGAGAUCGAGGCCGCCCUGAAGCAGAAGCCUUACAAGCUGGUGACCGUCACGCACGUCGACACCUCUACCGGCGUGCUCAACGACAUUAAGCGCGUGGCCGAGGUCGUCCGCCGCGUUAGCCCCGACACCCUGGUCGUGGUCGACGGCGUGUGCAGUGUCGGCUCGGAGGAGAUCGCCUUUGACGAGUGGGACCUCGACGCGGUCGUGACCGCUUCGCAAAAGGCCAUCGGCUGCCCUCCCGGUCUGAGCAUCGUCUACUGCUCCGGCCGCGCUAUCCAGCGCGCCCAAUCCCGCCAGACCCCACCCGCUUCCUACUACGCCUCCAUCGCCAACUGGCUCCCCAUCAUGCAAAACUACGAGGCCUGCAAGCCCUCUUACUUCGCUACCCCGCCCACCCAGCUCGUUCACGCCCUGCACACUACCCUCAGCCAGAUCACCGCCCGCCCCAUGUCGGAGCGCUUCGCCAUCCACACUUCGGCCUCCGACAAGGUCAAGGCCGCCAUUGCCGAGAUCGGCCUCGCCCAGGUUGCCCCCAAGCCCGAGUGCCAGGCCCACGGCAUGACUGCCAUGUACCUGCCCGACGGUCUGUCCCCGCCCGACGUGCUUCCCGGUCUGCUGAAGCGUGGUGUGAUCUUCGCAGCUGGUCUGCACAAGGAGAUUGCCACCAAGUAUAUCCGUUUCGGCCACAUGGGUGUCAGCAUUUCGGAUCCCAACCGCAAUGAUAUUGACAAGGCCCUGGCGGCACUGAAGGAGGCUUUGGCUGAGGCUAAGCAGGCCAAGGGAUUGUAAAUGGUAUACCCAUGAGAGAUUGGUACCUUUGUGUAAUAGGUUACGUGUCCAUAGAAUGCAAUGAAUGACCUGACUAGAUAUCAACGAUCCGUGUACAGACUGCUAGGGAGCGGAGAAAUUUAACUACAGACGGGAAAGUACUAGGAUCAAGAUACUAGACACUUGUGCUACCCGUGUGAGUAUGUACUUGGCCUUCAACCUUGGGCAAACACUUCAUGGGGAAGUUGCGAGUACCUAGCUCUGCGAUCACUAACUAUAAUUACCGAUAUAACUCGUCACGUCUACCUGCUACAAGCAUCCACAUCACAAAAGCACAACGUUCGCAUUAUGAUUAACAUUACCAG